GGUCUCAUAUAUGUUCGACCACGCACGCUCCACAACCACUUCGAGUCUGUGACACGCGGUCCAAGGCCACGGUUGACGGUCAAGAUCAAAGAAAAAAAAAUAGACCGGAAUACGAGAGGGUGACACGAACGUGGUAGCCAGUCGUCAGGGAAGCUAUCGCGCGAUUUUCGUGGUGAUAACGGUGCGCCUCCAAUCGGUGAGGGUCAACAAAUUUGAAGGAGACAGGCAAUCAUGAGGAUAAUCGCGCCGGUUUUCCUGGUCCUCGGACUCGCUUUGCACGCUCAUUGCACGGCGACGGAGAAGGGCGAUUCAAAGGAAGAUGACAUGGGCAUUCUGGAGUGUAUGUUCACGGACAACGUCGGUAAUUGCCUCAGGACGAGACUGGCCCGUGACCUGGACCAGAUCGAGUUGGAAGUUACCGGGAAGAAGAGCGAGCAGCAGCCGAUGAGCGCGGUGAUCGAACAAGCUGGCAAUAUCAUCGCUGAAGUCGUUGAUGAGCUGCAGGAGAACGGUGCGGAAGAAAUCGUCGGCGAGGAUGAUGCUCAGGACGACAAUAAAGAAGAGGCACGCAAGAAGAAAUUCAAGAAGAAACAUCUGAAGAAACUUCUGGGACUGGUGAUGCUGCUGAAAGCGAAAUUCAGCCUGUUACUGCAGCUGAUAAGCACCCACUUUCAGUUCAAGUUCUUCAUCAUCGCCGUCGUCUCGUUGUUACUGAACGCCGCCAGGUUUUGGAUAGAGCUCAAGAAGGGCCACCCGUCCAAGGUCAUCUACUACGAGCACGCGCAGCAUCAGCAUCACUACGAUCACGACGAUCACGGUUAUUGGGGAAGAUCGUCGAACGAGACGCCGCAAGAGCUCGCUUACCGAGCUUACGUACCCACGGACUGACAUCGGAAACGCAUAAAUUUGACCGAGGGAACGAUCACUUUGCGCGAAAAAGAUCGAGGAAGAAUCGAACAAUGACGCAAUUUUCGUCGCAAAAUGAUCACCGUCUCGUCGUUCUUUAUUUAUCUUUUAGUUGACAACUUUAGUUUGGAAAGUCAGGAAAUAUUCGCGACUCUACAUCGAUAUAUUUAUACAUUGUAUAGCGAUUAAUUUAUUUAAUUUAUUGCAUGUGCGCCCGGCAUAUGUUACACGAUCAUCUUGAAUUUCACUAUAAUUAAUGAUGGAUGAUCGGAGAUUUCUCUGACCUCUUAUUAUCAUAUAUAAAAAUAGUACUCCUUAUAAUCGCAUUAAGUCAUACCAAAGUUACUUACGAGUACCUGUUCUAUCUCGCCACAAAGAGAUUUCUUAGGAUCAACUAUUUUAAUUAAAAGAACAUGUUAUUACUCGUAUCGUGACUAAAAAAAAUCACAAAACAUAGACCUCUAAGUUUAAUGUCCUUCGAAUGUUUAUCAUAAAAUAAAUUUAUGUAUAUAAUGAUAGUAGAAAGAUUAUACCUUCUCUAAAAAAAAAAUUUCUUUACAAGAGACAAUAAUAAUUUAUAAUAGCUACCAAUUAAUUUCCAUAGAAGCAUGUACUAAAAUUUUUGAUAAUAAAUUAUACGAGUAUACGAUU